GGACACUUACCCGAGGCGCAAUUCACGUUCAACUUGUUUGACAGUGUUGGAGAUGGAAAAAUUCUUGCGAAAGAUAUCGGCGAAGUCGUUCGUGCACUGGGGUUGAAUCCUACGGAGUCUGACGUCAGCCUAGGUUUCUGUCUGGGAAACACGGUUCUUUCCUGGUGUUCGGACUAUCGUAUGUUAUCGAUAGCCGUAAUAAAAUACUUCUUUGCAGAUUUAAACAGCUGU